AUGGGAUUCCCACCCUUCACUCAAGAACACCAUACCGCCCCCUACGCAGGGAUUGAUCCCCGCCGACCAGCUGUGAGCGCGGCCGGCAAGACCAUUCUCAUCACUGGCGGAGGAUCUGGAAUUGGGCCUCGCAUUGCUGAAGCAUUUGCAGUUGCGGGAAGCAAGCAGAUUGUCCUUCUCGGACGGACCAAUUCAACGCUUCUGAAGACCAAGUCAACUCUCGAAUCUACACAUAGCGGGCUGAAGGUCCUGAUUUUUGUGGCGGACAUCACCGAUGUCUCUGCUGUCAACGCUGCCUUCCACGGCACCAGAGCAACGUUCGGGCCCAUUGAUAUCUUCGUCUCGAACGCAGCGUUCCUGCCCGACACGGUGCAAAUCAAGGACAUGAUCGUGUCCGACUUCGCGCAGGGAUUGACCACCAAUGUCGUGGGCAAUCUUGUCACUACGCAAGCAUUUCUCGCAACCGCCGCGCCAUCUAAUGCGGUGCUUAUCCACGUCACCACCGGCGCCGUCCAUCUCCCCUCAAUGGUUAACUAUUCAGGUUAUCAGACGAGCAAGACCGCGGCGCUGAAAUUUUUUGAGGCGGUGCAGGCGGAAAACCCGGAUAUUCGUGUCAUGAAUGUGCAUCCGGGUUAUCUAGCAACGGAUAUGAAUGUCAAGGGGCUGGGGAGUGAUAAUUCUAUCCCAUUUGAUAACCUCGACUUGCCAGGUCAUUUCAUGGUGUGGGCUGCUAGUCCCGAGGCGGCUUUCCUGAAGGGGAAAGUUAUCUGGAGUAAUUGGGACGUGGAAGAGUUGAAGGCCAGAAAGAGGGAGCUCGAAGGUGGAGAAAUGUUGACUAUGGUAUUGAAUGGAUGGCCACGGAAGGAUUGA